CGUCAGUCGGUGGUCGUGGGUGGUCGCACGCACGCUCGGGGGUGACUACGGGUGCGUCUACAUUCGCGAGGAGGGCGAUGUAGACAAUUCGUGCGCCUUGCUGGCGACCAAGUGAGACGCGCCAUUCGUCGAAUCGCGUUGCGUCGUCGCCGUCGCCGUCGUCGUCGUCGUCGUCGUCGUGGUACCAGACCGUCCGCGAUAAGAGUGGCACGAACGGACACAGGCAACGCGUAAAAAAGGGAAGCAACGGGGUGACAAAAUGUCGUUGUAUCACUGUUUAUCGUGAACGAGUCGAGGAAACAAGAGAGGCUGUGGGAGGGAAAGCAAGGGAGAAAGAGAGAAAAGGGGGUUGAACACGGUGACGAUACCUCUCUCUCUCUCUCUCUCUUUCGGACUGUUGAGAUUUAGAAACGUAGAUCGCGAUGACGGGUGCCACAGACGGCCGGAGCUCCGUCACGUUUCUUGCCUUUCCAGAGAGGCAAGAGAAAGAGUGAGAGAAAGGGGCAAAGAAAAGGGAAAAGGAGUUGAUAUUACCUCGGGAAAGGACGAGGGUGCGACGGACACACGCCAUGGCAAGGACCGAUCAUCGGCCUAUUAUGCGACUUGAUUCGUAACGAGGAACUCGAACGGGGGCUGCCCUGGAUACGGAGUCGGGACUUGAGACGGGAAGCGAGGAAGCGAUUCGGCAACUCGCGGAACGAUGUACGCCGCGGCGGGUGGUGCAAGCAUCGCCAACCGGAGGAAGCAGAAGCGACUGCAGCUUAGCAAGCAGGCGCCGGUCAACGUCGUUCCGCCAAGACUGAAGGCCGGCUUGCCGUCCGGCGCGCGUUAUCAUCAGCAGCACCACCACCAGCACCAGCACCAGCAUCAGCACCAGCAUCAGCAUCAGCACCAACACCAGCACCAACAUCACCACCAGCACCAUCAGCAUCACCACCAUCACCAUCACCCGACCAAGCUCGCCGCCCGUUCGUCGCACCAAGUCGCAUCGACGCCGCAGGCGACCUCACGAACACACCAGGCGCUGACGUCGACCUCGUCGUCGUCCGCUGCGUUCCACCCGGUCAUCGACGAUCGGCGCCGUCACGCCGACCAUCACAAGUCCCAGCAAGUCGCCCCGGUCUCGCCGAUCCAGUUCCCGAUCUCGCCGCCCCCGCUCUCCCUCGAGUCCUCGGCGUCCGCCACCACCUUCCCGGCCAACAAGUCCAGCAACUUUCCCUUUCCGCCACCCUCGAUCCUCGAUCUCCGGGUCUCGCCUCCUACUUCGGAGCUACAGUGCGGCGGACAGGGACCCGGCGGCAAGGCGGCGUGGCAAGGAUGCAACAGACCUUCGCCCCUUCCCUUAUCACCUACGUCACCCGGGUACAGAACGAAGCAGUGCGAAGCACAUCGGCGAUGGAUGAAGAGAAACAGGAUAAGAGACGCGAGCUACUGCUACGGGAGCAGCGGCGAGGACGACGACGAAGAUGACAGCAGUAACGCCAUUCGGCAGCGGGGCGAGGUCAGCGCGGCCGUCAACACCGUGCUCUACGUGGGCCUUGGGACCACCGCGCUCGGCUUGGUAAUCUCGUUCGUCGGCACCGGGGAGAAGGGCUUCCUGAGCCCGCAGCUGAGGCUGGUAGGCCCGUCGUUAUUGUGCGCUGGUCUACUGUGCUGCCUGUUCCGCGUGUUGCUGUGCCUCUGCCUAUGCCGGUGUGGCCAGUGCCGCUGCUGGCGAUUCUGCCAGGUCCCCUCGCACAAGGAGAAGGCGAGGAAGGCGGAUGCGCGAGGAGGAGGAGGACCGGGAGGACCGGGAGGAACGCUGUCGACCGCCUCGCUGUUGCCGCCGUCGACGCAAGACCAAGAACGGGAACGACCUGGGACGGUCGCCGCGCCCACUAGCCGAUCCGUAUCGCCGGCGACGAAGGGACACGAGCUCCUGCUCUCACCUGCCCAAUUACCGGAGUGAAGAUCACAACGCGUGUGAUCACGAACAUUUUCUACGAAUUAAAUUCUGUAUACUGCCGGUUCAGUACGCCCGAUUAUCCCCCGAGUACUUUAGUUCCCCGUUGCGGCCUGAACCGCGGACUCUCGCAGGCAGCGCCUAAAAAGAGUAGUCUAAAAAAAAAAAAAUCUGCGCUUAGAGCUUAAACAAUAGAAAAAUAAAGGAAUCGGCUACGUUUUUC